AUGAAUUGCACUUCUAUUUCAGCUCCUACCAAGUGUGACCCUAACCCUUGCAUGAACGGUGCAACUUGCAGACCCGCUCCUCAAUCUCUUGUUGGAUAUAAAUGUACUUGCUUACCUGGCUACGCAGGAGUUAAUUGCGAGGACGGUAAGGCGAAGAAAUGCUAAAUUAAUUUGUUCAAAAGUUACUGUAAUUAGCUGCAAUAGAUUCUGUCGAUGAGUCCGCGCGUCACGCGGGUUAAGAAACAUCGUCUCGCGCGUCGUGUUUUCUCGUUAGAGCUGGACAUUUGUAUAACUUGAUACGUGCCUGCCACAAAACUAUUCGCAUUUUACGCGAUUCAUAAAAUUAAUCCUGAGAUGUGUCAAAGAAACUGAUAGUCUAGGAUUCUAGUAGGUUAUAUUCCGUAGGUUUUUUUUUGUUAUGUGAUAUCCAUUUUGAUAAUCUAGUUUUAAUUUUUUUAUCUGCGCAAAAAAAGAGCAUUACCCUUGAUAAUCAAAUUAUUUGAAUCAACGUUUUCUUGUUUUUUGAGAUGUGGACGAGUGUGCCGAAGACAAUGGCGGAUGUUCACACAAAUGCAAAAAUACAGAAGGUAGCUUCGUCUGUUCAUGCCCUGAUCCGGAGCUGAAUUUGGCCCCCAAUGGUCGUACGUGCGUUGGUAAGGAAACGUAUUAUUUUGAACUUCUGAUUAAAGGAAAUGAAUGAUCGGUAAUAAUAGGGAGGCAUGAGAGAAUGAAACAUACCAGAUAUUUUUACGAACUUGAUAAAACACUGAUACGUUGAGGGCAUUCAAAACUCAAAAUAAUGUAGAUCAUCAAGAAUCUCUUUCAAUAGAAUGAAUAAGUUGAAAACAUUUCAUACAUUUUUCUGUCUUAAAACUGAUUUCAUAGCUACUUAAACUUUCUUGGGAAAUUUCAAGUUCUUUACGUUAGGCUGUAACAGGCCUAUCAUUAAGUGAGAUUUUCAAGUAUCGAAUGAAACUUUAAAUUUUCUUUAAAACCUUAAUAAUUAUUCAUUGACAAUAUUUUAUCCUAUAGCAUCUGGUGUAUCAGUGCAGUGUCACCAAAAUGACAUGUCCAUCACCCUGCCUAAAGCUCUUCUUCUCGGCUUAAAUCGUGAACAUGUCACCCUGCGAGACGUGAAGUGUGUUGCCACUGAAACAAGGACACACUUCACCCUUAAAACUGCAUUGACCGGCUGUGGUACAACCGCCAGACACAGAAGAGGUUUUGUGGUUUAUAGCAACACAGUCUUGGAGAUCCCAGUUGCAGAUGACGCCAUUAUAACGAGAGUUCGUGAGAUCGAGAUACCCUUCAGCUGUUUCUACAAAACCUCGGGUGAUGCUACUGCUGUUGGAGUUAAACCUGACACCAGAAAGUUGGUUUUUGAUGAGGAUGGAAAAGGAAACUUCACAGUUGCUUUGGAUAUGUUCCCAGAUAAAAGGUCUUUUAUAAUGGUUUUAAAUACCAUUUAAACAAAUAUUUUAGCUUAUCCAUGAUCCUCUGUUGCAGCGAAACACGUUCAUGGAAGUUGCAUAAAACCUGACACUAGUUUAGUGUAAAGUGAAUUGCAUCCUUAAUGCGUUGUCGCCCUCAAAGAAAUUACUUAGAAACUGAAAAUGAAUAAAGCAGAGCGUACUUUUAUUUUGAUAUUUUUUGAAAAUAAUCUGAUGUUGUCAGUGUCGCAUUUCACUAUGUUGAUCUUUAGCUUCGAGGCAGCCUACAUCCAGAGUGAUUAUCCUGUGGAAGUUAAGUUGAGACAGUACCUCUUCUUCCAAGCAUCUGUGAAAACCAAGGACAAGACUCUGUCCGUUUUGGCUGAGAACUGUUACGCUACACCCUCUCAGGACAGACAACAUGAUGACAAAUAUCAUCUCAUCAAGGAGGGGUAAUUUCAAAAAAAUCUUUUACCGCAUUAUUAGAUUAGAUUUUCGGAAAUAAAAUUUUCAUGAAGUUUGUUAAGCAGACUGCAUAUUUAAACGAAAAAAGACUACCUUUUACUUUCAAAAAGUAGUUAUUUCUCAUUGAGAAAAAUUGUCGUUUUUCAAAUUGUUUCCCAUUACACUUCAUAAUGGAAACAAGGGUUUUGAAUGACCUCAGCUGAAACUGCGAAUAGUUUGAAAAAAAAAUUAAAAACAAAAUUGUUUUUAAGAAGUUUCUGGUUAAUGUUUUUAUGUAGAAGUACUGUACAAAAGAUUCUGUGAUCUAAAAUACAAAUUUGCUCUUAAAUGCUAAAUCUCCUGUUUUUAAGUUUGCUUGUUUUCCAUUCCAAGCCCACAAUAAUGUCAUUAUGAUCAUUAUCUGUGCUUCCAUUUUUUUCCUUUUACAAAGAACCACAUUAUAGCAUACUAACUGUUGAUAGUAAUUGUUGACUAUGACAUUUUUACUAAUAAUUGUUGAUAGUAAUUGCUGACUAUGACAUUUUCUGUCUUUCAGUUGCCCAGUUGAUAAAACAACCAUCACCAUACAAUCGCAAAAAGUGGGUGUGGAUCGUUUCAGUACUGAAGCGUUUAAGUUCAUUGCUGAUCACCCAUUCGUGUUUGUCCACUGCCAAAUAAGGAUAUGUGACGCAAGUAACCCUGGAUCAAGAUGUGCACAGGGAUGUAUCAAGGAAGGCAGAUUAAGACGUGACGUUAGCGAUGAAGACAAAUUAUACCCACUGGCACAGGGACCGCUCACAAUUGCAAGUGAUGCUACGGAGGUGAAAUCAAGAAAAAGAUCAAAUAAAAAAGGUACUUGUUCCUCU